AUGAUUGAUCCGAAUCAUCCUUCCAUAAUUUUAAAUACAGAUGGUAAUGAAGAGAAUGGUGGAGAUAAUAUUCGGAAACGAAAAGUAAAUACAAGUACGGAAACAUCAUCAUCCUCCAACAGUAGUCAUCAUCGGAAAUUAACUAAAUUACGGCAUGCCUCAAAUGAUUAUACUUUGAUACAUUUUCCAGAGCAAGUAGGAAAAGUGGAAUCUAUCACUUGGAUGGUCAAAGAAGGACAAUGUAUUCUUGCGUACGAGCCUUUGGGAAAAGUAGUGUACAGGCUGAUGAAUGGAAACCGAGAAGCAAUGACAAUAGUCAGUAAUGUGCCUGGAAAAGUAGAACAAUUGUUGAGAAUUGAAAAACCUUCAUCAUCAUCAGAUCAAUUAUCGGAAUCACAAAGAAUUUUCCUCAAACUUUAUAAUUGCAAUCAUCCGGAGACAUGGCAGGAAUUAUGUGCCCGAUGCAAUGGCUCUUGUUCCUCAUUGUACAUGAGAAAGAAGCUGAGCGGUGAGCCUUUUAAAUUUAUUUAUGAUAUGGCUACACAAUUUAAUUUCCCAAUACCGGAGAUGAAUGGUCAUGAUGAGAUUAAACCAACACAAAAGUCUCACGUUUCUCUUCUUCAUAAAUUGGGAUACACUAUUGACUUUGAUCAAGCAAUUGAAAUAGACAGACAAAAUCAGAGAAGACUUGUAGAAAAGAAAAAGCUUUCACUUGUACUCGAUUUGGAUCACACUCUUUUGCAUACAAUUAACGAUUUUGAAUAUUCAAGAGAAGGAAAUAGAAGUAAGCCAUUUAGAGAGGUGUACGAUGGCUCGGAGUUGCUUAAAAAGCAUAUCCAUCGAUUUUUCAUGCGAGGAACGUUUCACUUUGUCAAGUUUAGACCUAGAUUAGAUGAAUUUUUGAGAAAAUGUGGCGACUUAUUCGAAAUGCAUGUUUUCACACAUGGAGAGAGGCAAUACGCCGACCAAAUUGGUUCCAUGCUAGAUCCAAAAAGAGAAUUAUUUGCUGAUAGAAUACUCUCUAGAGAUGAAUGUCCAGAUAUUAAUACUAAAACACUAAGUAACGUUUUUCCAUGUAGCGACAAAUCAGUACUCGUCAUUGAUGACAAAACUGAUGUUUGGAAGAACAAUGCAGAAAAUGUUAUUCAAAUAGCUCCCUAUGACUAUUUUAGACGUAUAUUCGGUGUACAGUUAGAUGUAAAUAAUGCUCCAGGAAAUGAUGCAGACAGAAAACAACAAGUACCUUCUGCUCAACCUCCUAGGCCUGUAAACUACAAACUCAUUGAGAGUACGAUUGAUGACUAUGAGGAAGACGACCAAUUGGACGUUGUUUAUAACCUUCUUGAGAAGGUUCAUGCUGAGUAUUUUAAGGGACUAACGUUAUCAAAAGAUGAGGAUGUUGACAACAGAGACGUAAAAAUUAUUUUAAAAGAAAAAAAGAAAGACAUUUUGCGAGGAAAGCACAUUGUAUUUAGUGGAGUAAUUCCAUUACAACAAGACCCAAAACAACAUCCUGCAUGGAGGAUUGCUCAAGACUUGGGAGCUACAUGUUACACCGAUAUUUGUCCUUACGUUACACAUCUAGUUGCUGGCAGAAAAGGAACCGAGAAGGUGCGAAAAAUUGAACAAAUGCCUGGUGUUCAUAUUGUGCAUGAAUCUUGGCUAUAUGCAUGCAUGAAAUACUUGAAAAAGCAGAAUGAGUUUGACUAUCAAAUCGUGGAUAUAAAACACUAUCCCAUCAGUGAAAAUUAUCCAAAAAGCAAGAAGGAAAUUGUCAAGUUCCAGCAAGUGUGUGCCGAUUUUGUGGAUUAUAUUCAACAAGAGGCAUCAGAGUUGGCAAGGAUUCAAGAGGAAGAAACAACAAAAGAAUUGGAAGCAGAUUUAUUUGGAGCUGAUGCGGAAUCAGAAAGCAGCAGUGAAAGCGAAAGUGAGAGUGAUAGUGACUAA